AUGGCGCCGGCGCCGCGGGUCCUGCUGCUGCUGCUGCUGCUGCCGCCGCCGGGGGCCCGCGGCGAUGUGUGCCUCGUGAACACCGGAGACAGCCUCUCCCCCAAGACCUGCCCCGAGUUCUGCUGCGGCACCUGCGACCGCCAGUACUGCUGCCCCGACGUCCUCAAGAGGGCCGUCUGGAGCCAGGGCUGUGGCCACCACCUGGACAGGUUCGGGGCCACCAUAGCCAUCGGCCUGACCAUCUUCGUGCUCUUCAUCGUCACCAUCAUCGUGUGCUUCACCUGCUCCUGCUGCUGCCUCUACAAGAUGUGCCGCCGCCCGCGCCCGGUGGUGACCACCACCACGUCCACCACCGUGGUGCACGCCCCGUACCCCCAGCCUCCCGCCGUGCCGCCCAGCUACCCCGGGCCGUCGUACCAGGGCUACCACCCCAUCCCCCCCCAGCCAGGGAUGGUGGCAGCACCCUACCCGGCGCAGUACCCACCGCCUUACCCGGCCCAUCCGGCCCAUCCCGUGGGCCCGCCCGCCUACCACGAGACCUUGGCUGGGGAUGCAGCCAUGGCCUAUCCUGCCAGCCAGCCUCCUUACAACCCAGCCUACAUGGACCCCCCGAAGGCCACCCGCUGA